AUGGGACCUCGUAUGGUAGUUCAUGGUGGUAAAGGUACGUACUGUGUGGGAGCUGUGAACUCUGGACAGCUCACGUUGACGCCACUAGCCUCGUUCUGUCAAUUGCGACCGGACUUCACGCAUGUUGAUAAGGAUCGGCAGGAGAGGCAGGCGAUGGCUGCUAAGAUACGUGGGAAACAGUCUGCUGCUGCUGAGAAUGAUGACGAGAGGUCGAUGAUGGAACCUGUGAAAGCGAGUACUAAGAAGUCUCAAGUGAUAUCAGCUAGCACGAGUUUAGCUAGAGGAGCUACCUCAAUGGGAGCUAAGCAGCGUUAUCAGCAAUCCCUAUUGGGAGCUUUAAGACAGGACCAGAGUUUGCUGAUGAAAAAUGAAGAGGGAGAGGGAGAGGGAGAGGAGGGAAAAGUGAAGGAAGAGGGGGAGGAGGAGGGGCCGUGGAAAGAGCUCGAUUUUUACGAUGCUGAUUCUCCGGAGGCUGCGGAUAUUUACGAGAGGCAAUUCCUGACGCCUGUGGUGAGUGAGAAUGCCAAGCAGUGGGAGGACCUGGAUGCGAGGGCUAAGAGGGAGAGGAGGACUAUGGAGUUGCGGUUCCAUGUUAAAGAUCAGGACUCGUACCUGACCUCGCUGUGUGGUAAUGUUGUUGGUGUUAAGGACGAGUGGGGAGAUCUUGGGAGGCUGGAUGCUAACCAGCAAUUGGAGACUAUUAUGAAGAAGCUCUCUGUGGCGAACUAUUCGAAGCAGAUUACGAACCUAUUGCCGGUGAAUACCCGUCAUAAUAUGACCGAUAAUGCAAUCAUAUCGCAUUUGGAGAACUGUUCAGUGCUGGUUCGAGGAGUAUGGGUGCUGAGCUCACGGCUCACUAAUCAUGCACCGAAGUAUCACGACCUGAGAGAUCUAGUAUUGCUAUUGUUGGGUACUAAGCGACCGUUUGGUGUGGAACAUUUGAAAGCAGCAACAGGCUUCACUGAUAUGGAGAUAGCAGAGGUAUUGAAACCAAUAUGUGUGUUCAACUCCUCGACGAGGUCGUUGCAAUUGAGGAUACCAUAUGACGAGGAGUUUAAUAAGGACUUUCCGGAGGUGGCACAACGCCAGCAUGAUCAGGCCGAGGCUAGGUUGAUGGAGUUGAGGACUAAGUGGAAGAAGGAGAAGGAGAUGCAGCAGUCUG